CUUGGAUGUGCUGCUACGCCACAGACCCAUGCUGCUCUCUGUUGUGGCUGGUGUUGGCAUUUUUGCCAAAAAGCUCCGACAUUUCUGCAUAAACCCUGGAAACCGCGUUAUGGUCGUUCUUGCCAUAUAAUCCGUGGAAUAUCCUCCCGCUGAUACCCAGUCUACAACCUUCGGACAACCAUCCCGUACUGUUGGGAAACACCCUUACUCUCCGCACGCACAUGAAUAUCAACAUAGAUAUGGCGGUGAAAGGCAUUCUGGGUAUCUUCUCUGUGGUUACUGGGAUGUUGCCUCGUUUCCAGUCUAAAGGCGGAAGUCUCAGAGAAAAUGUGGCCCUGCAGAACGUGCAGGCUCGUGUCAGGAUGGUGCUGGCCUACCUGUUUGCCCAGCUGAGCCUGUGGUCUCGGGGAAGACCAGGAGGACUGCUGGUGCUGGGCUCGGCCAACAUCGAUGAAAGUUUGACCGGAUAUUGUACCAAGUACGACUGCUCCAGUGCUGACAUCAAUCCAAUCGGAGGCAUCAGUAAGACCAACCUGAGGAGCUUCCUGCUCUAUUGUGUGGAUCAGUUCCAGCUGUCAGCUCUCAAAGGCAUUUUGGCAGCUCCGCCCACAGCUGAACUGGAGCCUCUGACUGACGAACAGGUGUCACAGACAGAUGAGGUGGACCUGGGAAUGACCUAUUCUGAGUUAUCAGUGAUUGGACGACUGAGGAAGAUCUCAAGGUGCGGGCCCUUCAGUAUGUUCUGUAAACUGAUGCACACAUGGAAGGGCAUCUUCUCACCCGUGGAGGUGGCGCAGAAGGUGAAGCACUUUUUCGGAAUGUACUCCCUGAACCGCCACAAAAUGACCACCAUGACACCAUCCUGCCACGCUGAGAGCUACAGCCCUGAUGACAGCCGCUUUGACCUCCGACCUUUCCUCUACAACACGCGCUGGCCCUGGCAGUUCAGGUGCAUCGAUGAUCAGGUGGGAAUCUGUGUGGGCCCAGAAUUUAUUGCUGAUCCUGUGACACACUCUUUGACCCACAUAUUAAAAAAAAGACAUGCCGUGUGUUUCAUACAUGCACACUUAAUAAUACGAGGGCUGUCAAUAAAGUAACGGUCCUUUUUAUUU